GCAAGGAAUACACUAAGAUAUCCAAAAAAAAUCAAUUCUCUUCUAAGAUUUCACACAUUCUCUUUCUCUCAUUGUUGUAUUACGAAUGGUGUUCGAGUUUAAAAACGGCCGUUAUUGAUAUCUAGUCAGUUUAAGAUUAUAGGUUGAACUCGUUGCUAGUUUCGUUAAAAAGCGUUUCUCGUAAUAAUAAAGUAUUCACUGAACAUUGUUAUGGUUUCAAUAUCAUCAUUUGUUGACUGUAAUCGAUGAUUGAAAUAAUAAGCACUGACGAUCUCUUUUCUCUAUUUGUAUGUUAUCGCGGAUGUACACAAAGAUUAUCGCGUAUGAUAAAAAGUCCUUAAGUCAAUUGUCAACACAAUCAUUUUAACACGUUUAUCAACAAUAGCACACUUUCUGUAUUUUAUAUGUCUCGUCAAUUAUUUACUUAUUUCAUCUGUUUAUAGGAUUUUUUUGCUACUGUUCAUGAUGCAAUCUAUUUAUUGAUUGCAUCCAGUGUAACAAUUCAUUAUUGUAAAAAUCCAGGACAAAUUGGCGGAGGUGUUAUGGGUAUUUUUGCAUGCCUUUUGAUUGCUGGUGAUGCGGUUGUCAUUUUUCUUGCACGACGAGAUGAACAUAUUAAUAAUAGUAAUAAUAAUACACCACGAUAA